AUGACGAGCCUCUUCCGCCGGAGCAGCAGCAACGGCGGCUCCCGCGGCGGCUCCUCCGCCCAGGAGCUCAACAACAGCCGCCCCGCCAGGCAGGUGCGGCGCCUGGAGUUCAACCAGGCCAUGGAGGACUUCAAGACCAUGUUCCCCAACAUGGACUACGACAUCAUCGAGUGUGUCUUGAGAGCCAACAACGGCGCCGUGGACGCCACCAUCGACCAGCUCCUGCAGAUGAACCUGGACGGCAGCGGCUGCGACGACAGCUCGGACUCGGAGGACAGCAUCCCCCCCGAGAUCUUGGAGCGGACCCUGGAGCCAGACAGCUCGGAUGAGGAGCCCCCUCCUGUGUAUUCCCCUCCUGCCUACGAGAGCCAGGCACUGGGCAGCCGCUACCCCCGUGCCCCACCCACCCCUCCACCCAGGACGGACGUGCCCGGCCCUGGCAGCACCGGCCACUACAGGAACUGGAACCCUCCGCUCCUGGGCAACCUCCCCGAGGAUUUCCUGCGCAUCCUGCCCCAGCAGACAGCCAGCACACAGGGCUCGCACGGCUGCCGGCAGCCCGUGCCACGGGGGCUGGGCCCGCGGGGCCAGGGCUCCCUGGAGCAGGAGCGGCGCUGGAAGCAGUACCUGGAGGAUGAGCGCAUCGCCCUCUUCCUGCAGAACGAGGAGUUCAUGAAGGAGCUCCAGAGGAACCGGGAUUUCCUUCUCGCCCUGGAGAGAGAUCGAUUGAAAUAUGAGUCAAAAAAAUCCAAGUCGACCAGCGUUGCUGUCAGCAACGACUUUGGUUUCUCCUCCGUAUUAUCAGGUGACGUGGCUCCCUCUGUCACCAGCGAGGCCGGCGGGGCCGUGUCCGACGAUGCCUUAUUCCGAGACAAACUCAAACACAUGGGGAAAUCCACACGCAAGAAGCUGUUCGAACUCGCCAGAGCCUUCUCCGAGAAGACGAAGAUGAGGAAAUCAAAAAGAAAACACUUGUUGAAGCAUCAGGUGAUGGGGACAGCGGCUUCCACAGCAAAUCUUCUCGAUGACGUGGAAGGACAUGCAUAUGAUGAAGAUUUCCAAGCACGGCGGCAGCAGCUCCGGGAGGAGGAGGAGACGCCGAAGGAAGGGCAGUAAACGGUCCCAGAAUUGGGGUUUCUUGCUGGCACAGGACGUGCACGAGGCUUCAUCAGGAGAUGGCUGAAAGAGGAAAAACCCACCCAACAAAUCACCCAGAUUUUGGCUGUUCCCCCUCUGCUGCUGUACUCCUCUGAAGUACAAGUAUCGAAGUGAGGCACAAUGUUUUCUUACCAGUGGUUUGAAAACAACUUUUCCUAUCCAGCAAAUCAGCCAAAAAGGAAAAAAAAAAAGGCAAAAAAAAAAGGCGGGCAGCUGCUGCGAGCAGAGCCAGCCGGCUCAGGCUGGGGAGGAGCAGCCCUGCCUGAGGAAGGAGGAAUGAAAUCAGUGGUACUAACGAGGAUCCAUUCACACGUGGGGUCUGCCUGGCUGGAGCACUCCUGAACAUAUCUGUAGUGGUCUGAUGUAACUUCACUCUGCGCACACCGGGACAAAAACCACGUGAGAAAGGGAAGCUAACAGCUGUUGUCUAUUAUUGCUAGGAGUAAUGAGCAGAGAUUCAGAUCAGGUAAUAGUCAAAUAAUAUAAAUUGUUUAUAAAGGAAAGGCCUUCUUUUCCUAGGCGUUUCACUUUGAAUUAAACCUUUGCCUUCGGCAUUGCUACAA